GCCCCGUGUGUUUGUGUGUGUGUAUGUGUGUUAGUGAAUGUGAGUACGGGAAAGCAGAGGCCGCCAUUUCAGGGAGUCUGCGGACGCUGUCGCAGGGUUGGAUCCUGAGCUGCCGAACCCGCCGUCCUGCACUCCCGCGCGAGCUUCUCUAAUCCCAUUGUUUCUUUUAGAUUCGCUCGGGCCUAUCCGCCCUCGGAGCCCGAAAUUGGGGCUGGGCGGUACCGCGGCCCGGGCCUAGCGGCUUAACAGUAGCAACAGCGGCGGCAGUAGCAGCAGCUGCACUCCUGUUUCCGAAUACGAGUACCGCAGGGGCCCGGAAGCCUGCACAGGCGUUUAGAGAAAAUGGCAGACGAUAUUGAUAUUGAAGCAAUGCUUGAGGCUCCUUACAAGAAGACUUGCCUAACGAUAUCUCACCUCUACUCCCAUGAAUUCACCUUUGAUUCCAGUGUGAACUGUCAAUCAUAAGGGCGAGAUGUGUGACAGAGGUGGCAUCAAGCUCUUACAGUCCCAACCCUCCAACGGAAAUGGGCGAAGAUCUCAGGAAUGGCAUCGGUCACAGGAAAUCGAUAGUGGCUGGCUGCUAGCAUGGCCACUUGGGGCUUAGGCAGAAAUAGAACCAUGGAUGAGAACAAGUUGAGCAGUGCUAAUGGCCAUGAAGAACGUAGCAAAAAGAGGAAAAAAAGCAAGAGCAGAAGUCGUAGUCAUGAACGAAAAAGAAGUAAAAGUAAGGAACGGAAGCGAAGCAGAGAUAGAGAAAGGAAAAAGAGCAAAAGCCGUGAAAGGAAGCGAAGUAGAAGCAAAGAAAGGAGACGGAGCCGCUCAAGAAGUCGAGAUCGCAGAUUCAGAGGCCGCUACAGAAGUCCUUACUCCGGACCAAAAUUUAACAGUGCCAUCCGAGGAAAGAUUGGGUUGCCUCAUAGCAUCAAAUUAAGCAGACGACGCUCCCGAAGCAAAAGUCCAUUCAGAAAAGACAAGAGCCCCGUGAGGGAACCUAUUGAUAAUCUAACUCCUGAGGAAAGAGAUGCAAGGACGGUUUUCUGCAUGCAGCUGGCAGCAAGAAUUCGGCCAAGGGAUCUGGAAGAGUUUUUCUCUACAGUAGGAAAGGUUCGAGAUGUGAGGAUGAUAUCUGAUAGAAAUUCAAGACGUUCCAAGGGAAUCGCUUAUGUGGAGUUUGUCGAUGUUAGCUCAGUGCCUCUAGCAAUAGGAUUAACUGGCCAACGUGUUUUAGGAGUGCCAAUCAUAGUACAGGCAUCACAGGCAGAAAAAAACAGAGCUGCAGCAAUGGCGAACAAUCUACAAAAGGGAAGUGCUGGACCUAUGAGGCUUUAUGUGGGCUCUUUACACUUUAACAUAACUGAAGAUAUGCUUCGGGGGAUCUUUGAGCCUUUUGGAAGGAUUGAAAGUAUCCAGCUCAUGAUGGAUAGUGAAACAGGUCGAUCCAAAGGAUACGGAUUUAUUACGUUUUCUGAUUCAGAAUGUGCCAAGAAGGCUUUGGAACAACUUAAUGGAUUUGAGCUAGCAGGAAGGCCAAUGAAAGUUGGCCAUGUUACUGAACGUACUGAUGCUUCCAGUGCUAGCUCAUUUUUGGACAGUGAUGAACUGGAAAGGACUGGAAUUGAUUUGGGAACAACUGGUCGUCUCCAAUUAAUGGCAAGACUUGCGGAGGGUACAGGUUUGCAGAUCCCACCAGCAGCACAACAAGCUCUACAAAUGAGUGGCUCUUUGGCAUUUGGUGCUGUGGCAGAAUUCUCUUUUGUUAUAGAUUUGCAAACAAGACUUUCCCAACAGACUGAAGCGUCAGCUUUAGCUGCAGCUGCCUCUGUUCAACCUCUUGCAACACAAUGUUUUCAACUUUCUAACAUGUUUAACCCUCAAACAGAAGAAGAAGUUGGAUGGGAUACAGAGAUUAAGGAUGAUGUGAUUGAAGAAUGUAAUAAACAUGGAGGAGUUAUUCAUAUUUAUGUUGACAAAAAUUCAGCUCAGGGCAAUGUAUAUGUGAAAUGCCCAUCAAUUGCUGCAGCCAUUGCUGCUGUAAAUGCAUUGCAUGGCAGGUGGUUUGCUGGUAAAAUGAUAACAGCAGCAUAUGUACCUCUUCCAACUUAUCACAACCUCUUUCCCGAUUCUAUGACAGCAACACAACUACUGGUUCCAAGUAGACGAUGAAGGAAGAUAUAGCCCCUUAUGUACAUAGCUUUUUUUCUUUCUUGAGAAUUCAUCUUGAGUUAUCUUUUAUUUAGAUAAAAAUAAAGAGGCAAGGGUCUACUGUCAUUUGUAUACAAUUCCUGUUACCUUGGAAAAAUAAAAAUGUUAACAGGAAUGCAGUGUGCUCAUUCUCCCUAACUAGCAAAUCCCACUGUAUACAAAGCUGUUCUCUUGUUCUGCCUUUUAAAUAUACAUGUAGACAAUUACAUUACGGAUCUAUAGGAAUAGCUCUAGGGGAACAAAUGUGCAUCUUAAUGUAAAAAGGCAGACAGGGAUGUAAUGUUUUUAAUGUUUCAGAAGCCUAACUUUUUACACAGCAGUUACAUUUCACAUUUCACUAAUGUUGAUAUUUGGCUAAUGGUGUAGCAGAGGUUUCUGGAAUACACAUUAGUGAAUGGAAAUUCAAGACAGCUGAAGGGCUGUUUGAUUAACAUCUCAUCUUGCACUCUGAUCAAUUGGCAAGAAAAUAUUUCAAAAUUACAUUUCUGGAUGGUAUCUUUUGAAUUAAUGUAUCUGUAAAAGUUUCUUUGUAAAUAUGUGUUCUAGUGUGUCUAAGAUUCCAAACAAAAUGAUCCCUGCAUUUCCUCAAGAUGUUUAGUGAGUCUGGUGAGCAAAGCAGUCUGAGCAAGAACUAGGAAAUGCAGAAAUAGGUUUUGUCUGGUUGCAUAUAAUCUUUGCUCUUUUUAAGCUCUGUGAGCUCUGAAAUAUAUUUUUGGGUUACUUCAGUGUGUUUGACAAGACAGCUUGAUAUUUCUAUCAAACAAAUGACUUUCAUAUUGCAACAAUCUUUGUAAGAACCACUCAAAUAAAAUUCUCUUAAAAAGGC